AACUAUCUAGUCACAGUAAGAAAAAUAAAUUAAAAAGGGAAGGCUAGACGGAUAAGUCGAGGAAGUGUUUCAGUCUCCCAAAUAAAAAAGGUGUCCAUUCAGAAGAAAUGAACUAAACUCGAGACAUCAUGAACGAGUCCAGCACAACAGAAAAGACUAUGAGAUCAGGAUACGAUCUCCCAGUAUACGGACUGGCAAACGGACAGUUUCUUUACAUACACAUUCCGGCCUUGUUAUGUAUCUCUACCAGCUUCAUCUGCGUAGUCAUUGUUAUUUUUCUAUCAUUUCGACACAAAGGCCACAAGACAUUUUUCCGGUGGACGAGGAGUGAGCGUUUCGUGGUGUAUUUGGCCCUCUGUGAUGGAGGAUUUAACGUCUCCCAUUUCACGGACCAUCUCCAUAUUGUCAUCGUCAGAGGCCAUGUCUAUCCCAAAGAACUCUGCGAAUUUUACGGGUUUAAUUUGGCGGUUUUUGUUACUGCUCAGAACUUGAUGGUCAAUGUUGUCGCCAUAAACGCCUUUAUUUUGAUCUACUUUAACAAGCAGAUCCCGUUUGGUAAGAAGGAUUAUCGGCUUCUCCUAUGGACGUUUGGUACACCUUUUGCGACUGCCGCCCUCGCUGGUAUCUUAGGACAACUUGGGCCAAAUGGAACAUUUUGCUAUUUUGAUGGCGUCAAAGGAACCAUAGCUAACCUGUUCUUCACCACCGUGCCUCUUGUUCUGAUUGUCGUGGUGAACAGCAUCCUAUACAUCCUAACGUGGCUCAGGAUCCGGAAAGAAACCAAGCGGCUCCACCUCGGCGACAGCUCCCAGCUAAUAUCCGCCAACUUCACGGCCGCCAGGAACAUGUCGCUGUUUGUGUUGGCGUUCUUCAUCCAGUGGUGGGCCAUGUCCAUGUUUGGGAUCUGGGCUUAUUUCAAUGAUCAAAUAUAG